GAAAUAGAAAAAUACCAACUGGAUGGCGAGAUAUCAAAAACAGCUGAUCUAAAAGCUCAGGCAUAUCGUGACAGCAAGAUCAGCGUUACAUAAAUGCUAUAUUAUGUCCAAGUCAAAGAAUAUUAUUCUACGAAUCCAAUCGCCAGAUGGCACAAAGAGGAUUGACGUAGAUACAAAUGACACAACAGUCACCAUUUUCGAAAAGGUUCAUGACGUGUUCUCACUGCCAGGCUUCACAUUCGCCCUCUAUCGCCAGAAGAAUCGGAAAGAGGAGCUAGUAUCCUCUCGUAGUCGGACUGUGGCCGGAACUGGCCUCCGGCAUGGUGACAUGCUGUACAUGGUGCCACUGAAUGGUACGUUGCCAUGGGACCAGCCUGGCACCAGCAAUAGCAACAGUUUUGGAGGAGAAUCGUCGAAGGCAAGCUCGGUGCCUGCAUCACCGUCAACCAGUUCGACACGAUUGUCAACCAAUCACACACAGACAAACAACUCAACCACACCUGUUACAGAGGAUGAUGUGGACCUGGCGCUGUGGCAGCAAGAUGGUCGGUUACUCCGCAACAGGGAUAAACACUGUCAACAUGUGGGAAAUAGUCGGUGUUUCAAUUGCUCAUCCAUCGAGCCAUAUGAUGAGAGCUACCUACGUGAACACAACAUCAAACACAUGUCCUUCCACGCAUACCUGCGCAAACUAACUGCUGGUCAGGACAAAGGAAAGUAUGCAGCAUUAGAAGACAUCACAUGUCGAAUCAAGCCAGGACCUGCUUGUAAAAAACAUCCCCCCUGGCCACGAGGUAUCUGCUCAUUUUGUCAGCCCAACGCUGUCACUCUGAACAGACAGACGUACCGCCAUGUAGACAAUGUGAUGUUUGAGAACGCAGAGCUAGUAGAGAGAUUCCUGCAGUAUUGGAGAGUCUCUGGUCACCAACGAUUAGGUUUCUUGUAUGGAAGAUACGAGACUCACGCAGAUGUACCCCUGGGCAUACGAGCUACUGUCGCUGCCAUCUACGAGCCCCCUCAGGAGAGUUCAAGGGAUCGUAUACAACUUCUCCCGGAUGAACGAGAACAACUGGUAGAAGAUUUGGCAGCACAGUUGGGGCUUCGAAGAGUUGGUUGGAUUUUCACAGAUCUUCUACCUGAGGACCUUCAGAAAGGAACGGUGAAGCAUGUGAGGAAUGUGAAGACACAUUUUCUCUCCGCCCAGGAGUGUAUCAUGGCGGGACACUACCAGAACCAGUUCCCCAACCCUUGCCGCUUCUCUUCUUCAGGAUUUUUUGGUUCAAAAUUCGUCACUGUCUGUGUUACAGGUGAUGCAACCAACCAGGUGCACAUGGAAGGCUACAGCGUCAGCAACCAAUGUAUGGCACUGGUGAGGGAUGACUGUCUGGUCCCCACAAAGGAUGCCUCGGAGCUUGGAUACAUCCGGGAGUCUUCAGACAAGCAGUAUGUUCCAGAUGUCUUCUACAAGGAAAAGGAUAAUUACGGGAAUGAGGUUCCUCGCCUGGCACGACCACUGCCUGUGGAAUAUCUGCUAGUAGAUGUUCCAACUUCAACUCCACUCACACCAAUAUACACUUUCCAUACCGAGUCAAACAUCACUCCCUUCCCCAUUGAAAACAGACUAUUAGAUGGCCAUAUCCAGGAUUUCUCAUCGCUCACUGCGUAUCUCGCUCAAUUUUCUCGUCAACAGUUUCUUGACGCUGCAUCAGACUUCCACUUCUUGUUGUACAUUGCCACGAUGGACCAUCUGCCCAUGAAGGAUGUGAUGGGAGCAUUGUUGGAGGCAGUUAGAACACGAGACGUGGAGGCUGCAUCAGACUGGGCUGCUGCGGAUCACUGGGCUAAUCUGGAGCAGAUGAUAGCAGCUAGUGACAGUCCGCCAGCCCAUCACGGUGGAGGAAAGGAGUGGACCUGUCCACAUUGCACCUUCCUCAACCCACAAGCACUCACACAGUGUGACAUGUGCCGCCUGCCCAGGUAGGACCACCAUUAUGGUUUCCGAGCCAAGAAGUAUCCAAGCCAAGUGAACUUCACAAUGAACACGGCUGAAAAAAUACUCGGAAAUUACCAUUUAUGAUUUAUUCUAAUCCAUACAUUUUAAGGUUCAAAAUAAAAUUUUGGGUUUAAAUUCAUUCAAACUAAGUGUACUCUUUGUUUAAUUUUAUUCUCCUUCAGUCAUUUAUUUUCUGUGCUGAUUUAUUUUCUCUCAACUAAGUCUACAACAGUACAAAUGUGAGACUUAAUGUAAGUGUUAAUAUUUAUUUUUCACAUACGUCUUACUUUACUGAAUGAUGUGUAUAUAUUGCUCUUGUCAACUUAGUAGAGAACUGUAGUUUGGAGAUUUGUGACACGAUUUUGAGCUAUAAAUUACAAUCUUUCAUUGCUAAUUUAUUUCAAAAACUUUAGAUUUGUUGAAAAUGUGUUCAAUUUUGAGCAAGUGUAUCCUAGAUAGAACCACUUCACCUUGUAGCUAUAAUUUUACUUUCAGUUUUAUGUAUUUUAACGUUUGAGUGUUAAGUUAUAUUUAUAAUUUGCUAUAGAGAUUUCAUUUUCCCAUUCCUAGAGUCUUUUCCCUGUUAGUAUGUCCGGGUUUGUUUAUACAAAUUGAAAACUCAACUGAAAUUUUAUCUCAGUAAAUAUGUUACUAAGUCGUAAAAAGGAAUUGUGAUUUCCAAUGUUGAAUUGUAACUACAAUUUUUAAAGACAUAAUAAAGGAAAAACUCUUA